UAAUACUUGGAUUUCAAGAAAGAUUAAAUUUUGACCCUUCUGUUCCGUAAGGGUAAAAAUUUAUUGGAUAAUAUUUGAAAGGUUGGUACCACUUGAUCAAAAUGUUUAUUAAUUUCAAUUCAAAGAUUAUAUAUGAAUGGAAUGACUUAAGAGAUACUGAGACAGGAGGUAAAAAUGAUAUAGAAUAAUUGUUUAGAUUAUUUUGGUGACUAGAUUUACCUGUACUUUGAAACACAGAAUGUGAAUUGAAUAAACCCAGUGCUGGGUUGGCUAAAGUUUUUCUGUCUUCAUGGAAUUCAUCCUAUUUGAAAUUAUUGUGUAUCUUUAUUAGUUGUCGAACAUGAUUGCUUCUUUUCGAGUUGAGAAAUUUGUUCCUGGUCAAUAUUCACGUGUAAAAAAGGGGUUCCCUUACAAGACGUUUGAUCAAUUAAAAGAAUGAAGAAGGACAUGCAUGACACGCAAGAAGCAAAAGAGUUGCAGACGGAUCUCCAUUGCAGCACAGGAUAAAAGUCAUCAGAAAAUUUUUGGUGGAUGAAGAUGUUUAAGUGUAAUCAAGUCUGUUCUGGUUAGUCAAAUUUCAGUGUACCUGCCCUACCAACUCCAACCCUCUGUCUCUCUCUGUAUAUAAACCUAUUUGAGUGACAGAUGAGCAGGUAAUUAUGUCACUAUUUUAGAGCUUUUGCUUCUAAAUCAAGAAAAAAUCCAUUCGUUUCCACAAUACCCUUUUGUUUCUGUAACUGAAAUCAACGCAUGAGCUAUAGAAAUUAUGGGUUUGUUCCAAUAUAGUGGAACCUUGUGUUUUUGUCUACUAGUUGUGUUCAAAACUUGUAUUGCUGACUCUCCAUAUGUUGGCAAGAUAUAUCCUGGGUUUGAGGCAUCCCAUAGUGACUGGGUUGAUCAUAAUGGCCUAUUCCUUCGAUCUAACAACUCGGUUUUCGGAUGUGGAUUUUACACUGCCUUGGAUGCUCAAUUCUAUUUGCUGGUUGUUAUUCACGUUAGUAGUGCCAAAGUAGUUUGGACUGCUAAUAGAGGCAAACUGAUUAGAGAUUCUGAUAAAUUUGUGUUUGAGAAUAAUGGCAAUGCUUAUUUGCAAAUGGGAAGCAGUGUAGCUUGGUCCACAAAUACUACUGGACGGAAAGUUACAUCCAUGGAACUGCAGGACUCAGGCAACUUGGUAUUGCUUGGGGAUGGAGGUAUUGUUUGGCAGAGUUAUAGCCAUCCCACUGAUACUCUUUUACCAGGCCAGGAAUUUUCUGAAGGAAUGAGACUUAAGAGUUUUCCCAGAAGUGAUAACUUGAGUGUUUAUCUUGAAUUCAAGUCGGGUGAUUUGGUCUUGUAUGCCGGCUAUCAAACUCCGCAAACCUAUUGGUCUUUGACAAAUGACAGCAGAAAAACCAAUAACAGUGUCAAUGGCAAGGUCUACUCUGCAGCUCUGGUGUCCAAUUCAUGGAAUUUCUAUGAUCAUAAUAAAGAGUUACUUUGGCAAUUCAUCUUCUCUGACAAUACUUCACAAAAUGCUACAUGGGCUGCCAUUUUAGGUUCUGAUGGAACAAUUACAUUUACUAAUCUUCAAGAGGGAAAUGAAGCAACGGCUGAAUCAUUCAAGAUACCACAAAAUCCCUGCAGCAUACCUGAGCCUUGUAGCCCAUACUAUGUGUGCUAUUUUGACAAUUGGUGCCAGUGUCCUCAACCUCUCAAGUCUCAAUUCAAUUGUGAUCCUCCGGUUGCUUCAACAUGUAAUAGUUCCAGGAAUUCAGCAGAGCUUUUCUAUGUAGGCGAGAGGCUGAACUAUUUUGCACUUGGUUUUGUUAUACCCAUUUCAACAUACAGUCUUGAUGCUUGCAGAGAGGCUUGCCUUGAUAACUGCUCCUGCACUGCCUUGUUCUUUGAAAAUAGUUCAAGGAGUUGCUAUCUAUUUGACAAAAUAGGUAGUCUGGAACGCUCUCAGCAGGGUUCAGCGGGUUAUGUAUCAUAUAUCAAAGUCUCUACUGGAAAUGGUGAGAGAAGAAAUAACGAAGGGAAAAAAAUUCUGUACACUGUCUUCAUAGUUCUUGCAGCCAUACUGAUAAUUGCUGGUCUACUGUAUGUGGGAUUUUGGUAUCACCAAAAAAAGAAAAGAUUGACGGAAUUUCCUCAAGCAAACUUGGAAGAAGAUGAUUUCUUGGAUAGCAUAUCCGGCAUGCCUGUUCGCUUCAGCUAUAAUGAUCUUCAUAUGGCGACUAAAAGUUUCUCUACAAAGGUUGGCCAGGGAGGGUUUGGCUCAGUAUAUCUGGGUGUGCUACCAGACGGUACCCAAUUGGCUGUCAAAAUGUUGGAGGGUAUUGGCCAAGGGAAGAAGGAGUUUCGAGCUGAAGUUAGUAUAAUUGGAAAUAUACAUCAUGUCCAUCUAGUCAAACUCAAAGGCUUUUGCGCCGAAGGGACUCACAGGCUUCUUGUUUAUGAGUACAUGGCAAACAGGUCAUUGGAUAGAUGGAUCUUCAAGACUGACAAAGAAAGUCAGUUGAUCAGUUGGGAUACAAGAUUUAAUAUUGCAUUGGGUACUGCAAAGGGAUUAGCUUAUCUCCAUGAGGAGUGUGAAGUAAAGAUAGUUCAUUGUGACAUAAAACCUGAAAAUGUUCUUUUAGAUGAUAAUUUCAAUGCCAAAGUUUCUGAUUUUGGUUUGGCUAAGUUGAUGAAUCGUGAAGAAAGCCUUGUAUAUACAACACUGAGAGGUACACGGGGGUACCUUGCACCAGAGUGGAUUACAAACAAUCCCAUUUCAGAGAAGAGUGAUGUAUAUAGCUAUGGCAUGGUGUUGCUCGAGAUCAUUGGCGGCAGGAAGAAUUAUGACCCAGGAGUUGAUCCAGAGAAAGCACAUUUCCCCUCUUAUGCAUUCAAGAUGCUAGAAGAAGAAAAACUAAGUGAAAUUAUUGAUCCGAGGCUAGAUGUCAAUGAAAAGGAUGAGAGAAUUGUGACUGCAAUUAAAGUUGCAUUGUGGUGCAUACAAGACGAGAUGCAUAUGAGACCACCAAUGACUAAAGUAGUCCAAAUGCUUGAAGGUCUCUGUGCUGUACCUCAGCCCCCAACCCCUUCUCAGUUGAAUUCUCGUGUUUACUCAGGUUACAUCAAGUGGAGCAGUGAAGAGGGUACUUCAUCAGGACUAACUGACUACAAUAGUGGCAUAUUUAUGUCAGAUAUUCGACUAUCAGGCCCAAGAUGACAGAAGCAACGUUAUACAGAUGAAGAUCAGUUUAUACUUGUAAUUUUCAGCUUUCAGAAUUAGCUUCCAUAGCAUUGUGAGUGAUGAAACUUCCUUAUCUUUUACUGCCUGUCUUUUUGUGCUGGUAAGUUGUAAUAUCUACAGAAGCAGCUUUAUCCACUGUGAAAUUUAGUCUUCAUUUUGUGUGAAACCUUGAAGGGGGAAUUCCCAGUCUUCUUUCUUGAUGUAAUAGCAAGUUUUUGUGUGAGAUCAAUAUUAGAUUUGUAUGAUGACAUUUUUCUUCCA